UGUGAAAUUACCCUGCUGUGUUUGUGUUGCUUAAAUGUAGUACAAAGUGGCCGAUUUGCAACUAAAAGGUAACAAGUCAAUAACGUAUUUCACCACUUCCUUGCCACCAGACAACUUUGUUCUCCCCGCCAAUUUAGUAUGGGAAGGUACUUAUGAGACAAACAAGACAAACAGCCCAAACUUUGUUCAGUUGAACUCAGUAUCGCCAACCUCGCAGAACUUGUUCUGCAAAUCUGUCAUCAACUUGAAAACCGGCUACCUCCACCUUUCGUCGAUUUGGAACCACAUGUUCAGCACUUUUCGGACAUUUACAGUGCUAUGGGCCCCGAACGCUUACUGGAUGAUUUGUUCUGGGUUAGCGAGGGAGCCAACUGCUAUGUUUACGAGGUGAACCCUCUCGUCGUCGUAAAGGUACCUAAAGCUGGGGCCCAAGAGAGAGAACAGUUUCGCAAAGAGGUUGAGAUCUUCAACGUUCUCUCGCGUCAUCCUCCAUGUCCCUAUGUGAUAUCCUGCUUCUUGCACACCAACGAUUGUAUCUUUCUUGAAUAUAUGAGAGAUAUCUGCCUUUCCUGGCGAAUUCAACAAAAUCACAUCCGGGACCAUGAAACAAUGCGGGUUGUUAGUGUGGAAAAAUUUGAACCACUCUACCUGCGCAAAACAUGGAUGAAUGAUCUUUCUCAUGGCGUCGCGUUUCUCGAGUCCCUAAACCUUGCGCAUGGGGAUCUCAGACCCGAGAAUAUUCUACUUGACCGCAACCGCCUUAAGCUUUCGGAUUUCGACAGCACGACGGACAUUGGAUCACAAUUCGAAGCUUGUAUUGCCCCAUAUGGCCGACUGCUUGGUAGUGAAGGAGGGCCCCGCCAAGGAACUGCAGGCCUACUUGGCCCACGAACAGAGCAAUUUGCGCUUGGUUCGUUAUUCUAUCUAAUAAAUUACGGAUUUGAAGUUUAUGGCGAUCAAUGUUUCGGUGACGAUCCCUCUGGUAAGGAGCACGGGCCUGUUGUCAUGGAUCUGCUACAAAAUAUGAUAUUUCCAGAGUUGAACCGGGAGGCAAUGAUCGACUCCAUAAUCAGGAGGUGUUGGUACGGCGAGUACGAGACAGUGGCAGAAUUGGCCGCAGAUACAGAAAAGCUAUGUGGCAUGGGCAGCGAGGCUUCCAGAGGCAAGAUUGAAGGAGUUAAGUGUUCGGCACCCUUAUCUGCGGACGACUUCUCAUCGCGGAGGAAAUUGUGUGAGGAUUUAGUCAGGUGUGGAAUCCCUAAGGCUCUAUCUUUGCGGAAUCCCCGGCAACUUGGGCUCCCAAUAAAACGCAGACAUGUUUGUUGGGAAGUACUACGGUAGUAAGACGUUGCAGCGCAAGGCAACAAGGCAGACAAGCAGAACAAGUAAUCAGGGACUGGCACGGGAAGAUAGAGCCGGUGUGAGCAGUGUCUUUAUGUUUAGUAACAGGCGGCCGCUACCUAACGCAUGGGAUGUAUAAUGCAGAUGGUUUUGACAAAGCUAUUUGGUAACACUUGGCAUGCGCGGCCGAAAAAAACUUCCCUUCGCUGGACGAAAUCAAACACCAGCUUGAAUGAACCAAGUGAAUUUUUCUUCACGCGUUGGGAUGGAAUAUUUCGCAGCUGCCAUGACAAUAGCGAUGUACCGCUGUAGAUAGCAAUUCCAACCCUGUCAUCAACAGCCGAACAGCAUUUUCACCUAUACUUGUAUAGAUCGGGAGCCUAUUGGGCGUCGUCCACCUAAGCAGGGGAUUUUAUCGUCUAGGCGCCGGAUAGUUGUAUAAAAGAGCAACCGUUUUACUUCAGCCCACUCAAAGGAACUCUUUUCAGCACGAGGCGUAGCUUGCAAGGAAUUGGCCUUGGACCGUGAAUAUUGCUUUUGGGGCACAGUGCUCAUCAGUCCGUACAAGAAAAAGCGCCCGUGCUAAUAACUAUUUUGAAGAAGAUUGCUGUGCCGGAUUGUUUUCAUCACCGAUAUGCGCCAAACGACGCCGGGUGAAAGGGAACAUGACAAUCGCCGGA